CGCACAUUGUAUUCUCAUUUAAACUUGUAAAGCACAAAGGAGGCCGCCUUACCCUUACAUUAGUGACUAAGAAGCAUCAGGUAGCCCAGCAGCCGUGCUGUAUAUGGGUUUGUAGAACUCCACUGGGGAGUAGUGCCUCGUACAUCUGCCCUCAGACCCUCCCUAAUACUCACAUAGUGUCCUACUGGGGGUUUGUCACACACACAAUGGACUCGACCAUUAUGUGCCCAUUGCUUCUGUGUUUCACCAGCGAAGCUACUGUUCCCUUGCUCUGCUAGCACACAGGGUGUUGGGCUUUCUGCUGAACUAUCCAAUAGAUCUAUAAUAUAUUCCAUAUACAGGCACUGGUUCAUCAUAUCAAUGAUGUUCAACCUACAGCCAUAUUGCUCUUGUUGGCAUGCCCUGGAUGCAAAUGGGACCUGCUAUUCAGCUGCUGCAGGGACAAUAUGCUAAGGGGAUGAUUUAGCAAAAUUUGAAAGGCAGUAGUGUCCAUUAGUAGUAUCAUUCCCAUGGAUUCUUGUUCAUUCCAUGUAUUUAUUUACUUGGCUGCAGGAAAGGAAAGUCACACUUUUUUUGCUGCCAUUAGAAGCACUCACUUAAAGGAAUAGUAACACCAAAAAAUGAACGUGAUUUAAAAUAAUAAAAAUAUAAUGUACUGCUGCUCUGGUCUCUUUACUUCAGGAAGUCAACUUUCCUGUUCCUUUCACAUGGCAGUGGGCAACAAUGGGUUAAUCCCUCCUGCCAUGCAAAUGGGACAGGAAAUACCAAAUAAAUUCCUGACUUCCUCCCCCGGCCGCCAUCUUUUUUUCUCCUGUCGCUCCCCCCAGAUGUGCCAGAGAAAGUACCUCUCCUUUCCUGAAGUCCCAGGCCGAGGUUCCAAACCCUCUUGUGUGCUCAGGGAAGUCCGUAUGUGGACUAAGGCCAAAUGGUGCCGUUUGACGCUGUCAGCCGCAAUGCUGGAGAUCCGGCGCAUGCGCAAUAAGACGUCAGUGUUUCUCCGGUUCCAAGAUGGCGCAGGGGAUCUGCGCAUGCGCGAACUUACGCGAACCCGGAAGUGGCGCGAAAAGUUGAAAAAAACAGCGCGAAAAGGAACCGAGAGCCAUUUAAACUUCAAUAUAGUGGCGGUUUGUAUCCCCUAUGCUGCCUGGUGUUGGUAAGGCUGUUGUAAGCUGCUUGUGCCGUUUGUGCUUUCAGAAGGGUGCUGUGUAAGUAACAGAUGGUUACCUUCUGAACCAAACAGUUGUGAGCCUGUAUGAUACUAAUAUGCCAUAAAAAAUGUUUUUUUUUCUUAGGCUGGCAUUGCAGGUAGAAAACCUGCCUUCAUCAUGAGCUCCAGACGCUCGCAUUCAGGCUCAAGGGGGAGUUCUCCUUCUGGACAAAGGAAAAAGACAAGGAGACAGUGUGCAUCUUGUCAGGAAUCUGCUAUGCCGGAUAAAAGGCUAUGUGAAAAAUGCUUUUCUGAUGCUUCAGGGAUAGCACCGACGCAAUUCACUGAAUUCAUGUCAUGGAUGAAGAACACUUUCAACCAAUCUAUGGCCAAUAUGGUGUCGCAAGUAACUGAUAACGUUAUGAGAAACUUAGAUGGAGGCAGUAGUCUAGGGCAAAUAGCCCACAACCCUGUGGAGCAGACAGAGACACAAGGGGACACCCUCGAUAGAAUCAAUUUACCAGAAACAGAAUCUGAAGGUGAACUAUCUGACAUGGAAUCUGAAGAAGAGGGGGAAUCAGAAUUCAAUACAGACAUGAUUGAGUCUUUAGUUAAAGCAGUCAGGAAAACUCUGGAUCUGGAAGACAAAAUUCAGAACACAGAGAAGCAGGAUAAGAUGUUUAAGAAAGUAUCUAAGAAAAACCACCUUUUCCCUAUACACGAAGUCAUUCAAUCCACAAUUGUAGGGGAAUGGGAAUUCCCAGACAAAAAACAGAUAUUAUCAAGAAGAUUCAAAAAAAUGUUCCCUUUUGCUACAGAAGAUACCAAAACAUGGGAUACCCCUCCUAAAGUAGAUGCAGCUAUUACCAGGGUGGCCAGGCGUACCACCUUACCAGUAGAUGAAGGGGUCUCUUUAAAGGACACUAUGGAAAGGAGGCAGGAUGGAGCUCUUAAAAGAGCUUAUAUGACAGGGGGUGCUUUAUGUAAGGCAUCCGUGGCUACAACCUCAGUAAUGAGAGCCAAUAAAAUCUGGAUACAGGAACUUGAGUCUGCAAUCAAGUCGGGAACAGAAAGAGAAAAACUAUUAGAGAUGAUACAAGACAUCAAGAUGGCAAAUGAAUACGCAUCGGAGGCUUCAAUGGAUUCCAUAAAACUGGCUGGAAAAUCCAUGGGGCUUUCUGUAGUAGCCAGAAGAAGUUUGUGGCUCAGACACUGGAAUGCGGAUUCACAAUCCAAGCACAAUUUAUGCUCUCUCCCAUUCAAGGGAAACCAUUUAUUCGGGCCAGAACUAGAUCAGAUAAUAUCUAAAGCCUCAGCAGGAAAAUCAUCUUUUUUGCCUCAGGAGCGUAGAGACAGAAGAUUUCAAAAUAAAAAUCCGAGGAAUUCCCUCAAGGACGCGAAACAAUACAAACCGGGAAAACCAUUCUCCAGGCAAUGGAGGCCCAAGAAUCAAUUUUUUUCCUCCAAAAGAAAUGAUCAAAAAACACCCUGGAAUAACACAGACAAAAAGGCAUGA